CUGUUUUCUUCAUCCCUCAAGGCACGACCUACACCAAUCAACAAUCUCUCAAUCUACAUAGCCGUCCACCACGCCGCUCGCCGAGAAAUCAACCAGGAAAAUUACAAUGGCUUUUGGCAUCACCAAACCUGAAUUUUCCGAAGGCUGCGCUGUGGUCUUUGGCGGCUCGGGCGGCCUUGGCCGCGCAAGCGCUGGCCUAAUAGCAGAGCGCGGUUCCAAUAUCGUUGUUACCUACCGGUCUCGCUCCGCUGAAGCUGAGUCCCUGGUGGAGGAGGUGCGCAAGCUUGGCCGUAAGGCAAGCGCAAUAGCCUGUGAUAUUACUGAUCGCAAGGCUGUCGAGGCUGUCUUUAAGCAUGCCGUGGACACAUAUAAGCGCGUUCAUACAAUAGUGUCUGCUGGCGGCCUUGUGUUUGAUACAGGCCCACUAGCGGAAUUUAAGGAGGAGUCCUUCCGCGGCGUUAUUGAAACCGAUGUAUAUGGCUUUUAUAAUAUUGUGCAGGCUGGAGUGCCAAUACUCCGUGAGGGUAAGGGCGGCUCGUUUGUGGCACUGAUCACCAGCGCAGUGAGUCGCACCGUGCCGUGCGAUGCGCUCUCGGCCACGCCCAAGUCGGCGGUUACAAUGAUGGUGCGCCAGCUUGCCGUUGAGGAGGCCGCUUACGGUAUUCGUGCAAAUGCGGUGGGACCUGGCGUUAUUAACGCCGGUAUGGUGCUGCCAAUGAUGGAAACGCCGACACGGGCGCUGCUAGAGGGCGCCACCGAAGUGACGCCGCUUAAGCGCUGGGGCGAGGCUGCUGAAAUUGCUGAGGCAGUUGCAUUCCUGGCCUCAUCAAAGGCAUCUUAUAUCACUGGCCAAAUCUUGAUGGUUGACGGCGGCCUCGCUGCAUAAUCUAAAUAGAACUGGCGUGAAUACUAGCUUUACGCAAGGCUUGUUGUGGUAUAAAUUUAGUCUAUAUAUAACAAGAGGGAAAAAAAUUAAUAAAAUUACAAUAAGC